UCUUCUUCUUCUUCUUCUUCUUCUUCUUCUUCUUCUUCUUGAUCACAUUUCUUUCUGAUUAAAGUUCUCCAAGAAUGUCCGAAACAGAAAUGAAAUUCUGCAGUAACUAUUUCUUGGUGGACGCAAAAAAGGCAGGCUUUCUUGAUCUCCUUCUCCUUUUGAUUACCUCCGAUUUAGCGAAGAUAAAGUUCAUAGAUUGUCCGUCAGAGACAGUACUCAGCCAAGGAACUUUCACGGCCAGAUGCAUUAUCGCCAUCACCGUCUUCCUUCAGAAAGUCCUCAUUUCCAUGAGAAAACCCUUUGCAGUUGCAGGAGAAAGGCUUACCUUUUGGCUUAAUACCGUCGAUAUCAAUGGUGGUCUCUUCAAGUUGAUACUUCGCGUAUUGACGGGAAAAACGGUCAACCGACCCGACAAAUCGUCGGCUGCAUAUACAUCGGUGAUCGGAUCCACGGACAUGAGAGUGGAGCUAGAUGAGAAGAUGAGCAUUGGUACGGACGAGUACAAAGCCAUGUUAUCAAUUAUGGCUUCUAAGAUUGCCUAUGAAAGCGAAGCCUUCAUCACUUCUGUGGUGAAAGAAAAAUGGAAGAUGGAUUACUUGGGGUUUUUCGAGUGUUACAAUGCGUACCAAGCAGGCAAUUUAACACAAGCCUUCAUGUUCCAGCUCCCGACCGCCAAUUCCAACCUCGUUGUUGUCAGCUUCAGAGGAACAGAACCUUUUGAUGUCGAUGACUGGUGCACGGAUCUUGAUAUCGACUGGUACGAUGUGAAGGUGAUGGGAAAAGUUCAUGGAGGGUUCAUGAAAGGAUUGGGCCUUCAGAUAAACGGAUGGCCGAAGGAGAUAGUCCAAGCCACACACAAAUACGCUUACUACACCAUAAGACAAAAGCUCAGAGGCUUGUUCGAGGACGACAAGGCAUCAAAGUUCAUAGUGACAGGUCAUAGCCUCGGCGGCGCUUUAGCCGCUUUGUUCCCGGCGAUAUUGGCGUUACACGACGAGGAUGAGUUGCUGAAAAGGCUUGAUGGAGUUUACACGUUCGGACAACCUAGGGUUGGAGAUGAAACAUUCGAGGAGUUCAUGAAGGAUGUUAUACAAAAGCAUGAUUUCAAGUACGCGAGAUUUGUGUACAGUAAUGACAUUGUGCCUAGGGUUCCCUUCGAUGACAAGAAACUAUUCGGAUUCAAGCACAUUGGUCCGUGCAUCUACUUUAACAGCCUUUACAAGGAACAGUCAAUCUUUCAGAUAUUGGAGGAUGCACCCAACAAGAACUACUUCAACGUAUUGCGAUACAUUCCGAUGAUGUUGAAUGCGGCGUGGGAGCUUACAAGGAGCUUUAUAAUCCAAUUUUGGAAAGGAAAAGACUACAAAGAGAAUUGGUUCAUGAGGCUCGCUAGGGUUGCCGGUUUGAUAUUUCCCGGUAUAGUUAACCACUUUCCACCGGAUUACGUGAACUCCACGCGCCUUGGAUGAUUCUAAAAUAUUAAAUUAUAUGCACCACUAGUUUGAUGUAAUAUAUACAUAUAUGUAUGUAUGUAUAUAUAUAAAGUGUGUUCAUUAAGAAACUAAUCAUAUGGAGUGUGCUCUAAGAACUCUAUCACCUUGAUUGGUAUUGGACCGUCGAAUAUGAUUGUAUUCUCGCUUUGGAUUUCUUGUGUGCAUCUGUUUGUAUGUUUAAACAAUAAAAUGGACUACGUGAAACUAUGUGUUUGUCUC